AUUUUCCAACUUGGAGGUUUUUAGUAGUGUUAGUCAGUCUCCCCCAUAAGUUCCUUCGGGAGGUCCUAGAGUGAGCCUACAACUCCCAGGUCUCUCCGCGCGCGCCCCAGGGACUACGCCUUCCCCCAGGGCUGUCCGCAGCGAUGCCCGCAGGACCCCGAGGCUCGCACGGAGUGCCCGGCGCGGCGCCCGCAGGACCCCGGCGGCUGCCCAUGCCGAGGUGAGUCCACGGCUGCGGCCGCCGCUGUCCCGUCCUCGUCGCGCCCCCGCCGCCGCUCCGCGCGGCCUCGCCGCCGUCCAGGAUGUUGGAAGAAGCGGGAGAGGUGCUGGAGAACAUGCUGAAGGCGUCGUGCCUGCCGCUCGGAUUCAUCGUCUUCCUGCCGGCCGUGUUGCUGCUCGUGGCGCCUCCGCUGCCCGCCGCCGACGCCGCGCACGAGUUCACGGUGUACCGCAUGCAGCAGUACGACCUGCAGGGCCAGCCCUACGGCACGCGCAAUGCAGUGCUCAACACGGAGGCGCGCACGGUGGACGCAGAUGUGCUGAGCCGCCGCUGCGUGCUCAUGCGGCUGGUGGACUUUUCCUACGCGCAGUACCAGAAGGCGCUGCGGCAGUCGGCAGGCGCGGUGGUUAUCAUCCUGCCGCGGGCCAUGGCCGCUGUGCCCCAGGAUGUCAUCCGGCAAUUCAUGGAGAUUGAGCCCGAGAUGCUGGCCAUGGAGACCAUCGUCCCCGUGUACUUCGCCGUGGAGGACGAGGCCCUGCUGUCUAUCUAUGAGCAAACCCAGGCUGCCUCUGCCUCCCAGGGCUCAGCCUCCGCAGCUGAAGUGCUGCUGCACACGGCCACCGCCAACGGCUUCCAGAUGGUCACCAGUGGGGUCCAGAGCAAGGCUGUGAGCGACUGGCUGAUCACCAGCGUGGAGGGGCGGCUGACAGGGCUGGGUGGAGAGGACCUCCCCACCAUCGUCAUCGUGGCCCACUACGACGCUUUCGGGGUGGCCCCGUGGCUGUCGCUGGGCGCAGACUCCAACGGGAGCGGCGUCUCUGUGCUGCUGGAGCUGGCGCGCCUCUUCUCCCGGCUCUACACCUACAAGCGCACCCAUGCCGCGUACAACCUCCUGUUCUUCGCUUCGGGAGGGGGCAAGUUCAACUACCAGGGCACCAAGCGCUGGCUGGAGGACAACCUGGACCACACAGACUCCAGCCUGCUGCAGGACAACGUGGCCUUCGUCCUGUGCCUGGACACCGUGGGCCGGGGCAGCAGCCUGCACCUGCACGUGUCCAAGCCGCCGAGGGAGGGGACCCUGCAGUACGCCUUCCUGCGGGAGCUUGAGACGGUGGCCGCGCACCAGUUCCCUGAGGUGCGCUUCUCCAUGGUGCACAAGAAGAUCAACCUGGCGGACGACGUGCUGGCCUGGGAGCACGAGCGCUUCGCCAUCCGCAGGCUGCCGGCCUUCACGCUGUCCCACCUGGAGAGCCACCGCGACGAGCAGCGCAGCAGCAUCAUGGACGUGCGGUCCCGCGUGGACUCGAAGACGCUGACGCGCAACACGAGGAUCAUCGCUGAGGCCCUGACCCGGGUCAUCUACAACCUGACGGAGAAGGGGACCCCGCCGGACAUGCCAGUGUUCACAGAGCAGAUGCAGGUCCAGCAGGAGCAGCUGGACUCGGUGAUGGACUGGCUGACCAACCAGCCACGGGCCGCCCAGCUGCUGGACAAGGACGGCACGUUCCUGAGCACACUGGAGCACUUCCUGAGCCGCUACCUCAAGGACGUGCGGCAGCACCACGUCAGGGCGGACAAGCGGGACCCUGAAUUCGUCUUCUAUGACCAGCUGAAGCAGGUGAUGAACGCGUACAGGGUCAAGCCGGCCAUCUUCGACCUGCUGCUGGCCGUGUGCAUCGGCGCCUACCUGGGCAUGGCCUACACGGCGGUGCAGCACUUCGGCCUGCUCUACAAGACCGUGCAGAGGCUGCUGGUUAAGGCCAAGACGCAGUGACAGCCCCACCGCCUCCACCUGGGUGCCCACGGGACCUGGAGCCUCCUCCCCCGCGUGAGGGCAGCGGUGACAGGUUUCCGUGCUGCCGCCUCGGAUGGACUCGGAGCUGUUUGGUUUGCUUUGGGUUUUCUUCCUUUUUGUUGAACUUCCUCGGAGGAGAGCCGGGCAGAGGCCCGGGGCCACCUCCACCUUGGGGACAGCUGGAUGAGCCCCGGCCUGGGGCCCGCCAGCCUCAGAGACAGGUGUGUGUGGUGACUGGCAGAGACAGGGCCUGCCCUGCACAGGCUCCGCGGUGUUCCCUGCGCGGUCCCUGUGCCACGCCUGGUUAUUUAUCUCCUCAUCCUCCGGCCUGUGGGCCAGCGCAGCCUCUGGGCACCUGGAUACCCACGGCCCCUGCCCUGGGCCCUGAGCCGCCCCCUGGCCUGUGGGGCGCGGAGCCUCCACUCCACGCAGAUGGGCGCCGCACCGGCGUCCCCGCACCUCCCCGGCCCCUGCUCACGUUGCUGCCCCCGGGCCCCCAGACUGCGCCUCGCCGGCCCAGACUCCCCUCUGCUUUUUGCAGCUCUCAGCCACCUCCCUGAGCGGUCCCCAGCCGCCACCCCGCAGUCCCUGCUCAACCGCCCCAGCCCUCCCACCCCGGGGCUCCAGUCUCAGUUUCCUCCUCGUGAAGGAAGACCCAAGGAAGACCCGUGCCGUGCCGGGAGGAGCCGACCUCCCUUCCCAUCCCGGCACAGGAGAGCGCGGGUCAGGGAUCCCGAGUGACAGAGAAGGCACGGCCCAGAGCGGUGCGGGCGGGCGGGCGGGAGGCCGAGGGCGGUGUUGAUCUCAGGGAGACCAGGUGUAUCGAUUCCUUAGCAAUAUAAUCAACGAGCGUUCCCAGCGCCGCCCGGCGGCUCUGCGCGUCCCGUCCCUGGCUUGGUCUGCGGCUCUGGCUGCCACCUUGAGACUACUGCCCUGGGGACCGUGUGUCCGAGGAUGGGGACAGCUCCUCUGUCCAGCCAGCUUCUCUGAGGCCUAGCGUGGGCCCCGCCUCCCUGGAACCUGUCCCCGCGCCCUGCUGGCCUGCCCUGAGGACGGGGGCCUCGCCUGGAGGGACCUGGGGUACCUCGGUGCCACCCAGCCCCGCGCCGGGCACCUGCGCUGCCCGGGCCGCCGUGUCUGCGCGGACUCCGCACCCCUCCCUGCAGGGCCGCUGGGGCUCGGGCUGGCCGGGGUCGCCGCUGCCAGCCAGAAAAUAAAGCCAUACUGAACGAC